AUGGAACUGACGGAGCCCCUACCCUUCAUCACGCUCACGGACGAUGACUGCUUCGAGAUCUCGCGUGAUGCUGCCGAGUACCUUCGCUCGCUGGAAGGAGAGGUGAGCAUCGUGGCGAUUGCAGGGCUGUACCGCACGGGCAAGUCGUACUUGCUCAACCAACUGCUCGGCCGCACGACGGAACACACCAUGUUUGGCGUCGGUGGUACUGUGAACGCCAUGACAAAGGGUAUUUGGAUAUGGGGUCAACCCGUGGACGGUAGUACGAGGAAGACGAUCGUGUUCAUGGACACGGAAGGUCUCGGGUCCGCCCAGCGCAGCCAGACACAAGACACUCGCAUUUUCGCGCUCGCGCUGCUCUUGUCUUCGUUUUUCAUCUACAAUUCCCGAGGCGUGAUCGAUGCAAAUGCAAUCGAGGACUUGUCGCUUGUCGUGAACUUGACCAAGUACAUCCAUGUGUCGGCAGCGUCGUUGGACCAACCCGCCAACUCGAGCGCGCUUGCAGACUUUUUCCCGUCGUUUCUCUGGGUCGUUCGUGACUUUACGUUGCAACUCGAGGAAAACGGCCAUGCGAUCUCGUCCAAAGAGUACUUGGAGAAGGCGCUGAAGCCCCAACCCGGCACGUCCGACGACACGGUGCACAAGAACCAAGUCCGCAACUUACUCAGCAACUUCUUCCCUGCCCGCGACUGCAUCACGAUGGUUCGACCGCUCAACGACGAAGCGCUGCUGCGCGAGCUCCCAAAACAACCUUUUGAAUCGUUGCGCGAGGAAUUUCGCACGCAGCUAACCAUGCUCAAGCAACGCGUGUUUUCCGAUCUCCAGCCAAAGAAGCUCAUGGCGAAGCCGCUCAAUGGCGCCAUGCUGGUCACGCUAGCUCAAAAUUACGUGGAUGCGUUCAAUAGCGGCGCGGCACCGGUCAUCUCGUCGGCCUGGGACCGCGUCGUGCAAGCUCAAUCCGAAGAAUUGCUCGACGCCGCAAAGCGCACGUUUGAAACAAAAUUCCCGCUCAAGUGGACGUCCGUCCUCACCGAGGCGGCAUUGCUUGACCAAUUCCGAGCCGCGCAAGCCGCCGCCGUCGAGUCGUUGCACGCGACGGCGGUCGCCCCCGACACUGUCCCCAUCAACUUGCCAUUGCUCCACGAUUACGUCGCGACCAAACUCCGCGCCGCGUGGGACUUGAAUGACAAACUCGCCAAGCAGCACCUCAUCACGGUUCUCCAGGAACUGUACGCACCGAUUACGGCACAGGCAUGGCAGCCACUCGACAAAGAUGCCACGUUCGACCAAGUCGUCGACGCCCUCCGCAAGAAACUCGACGGGUUCGACACGUUGCUCAAGCGAUUCAUCACGAGCUACCUUGAACGCACCGGCGGGAUGCCGCUACAGCACUCGAUGUUGUGCUCGUUUCUCGCGGAAAAGGUAAUGGAUGGCGUUGUGAACUGGGGGACGUUGGUGACGGUGCUCUUUCGCCAGCAAGACAGCGCGAUGCAGAAAGCGAUCUCGACCUCGCGGCAAAAGGUCAAAGCGAUCGAGGGGCGGGCGAAAGCGGCCCAGGAAAUGUUGCAACAGCAAAAGGACACGUUUGAACGGGCGCUGCAAGCAAUCACGGACCGCCUGCAAGAAGAGAAACUGGCGCUGCGCGCAGACAUUGACCACAAAGACGGCGAGAUCAAGCGGACGUUGAUGCAAAUCGACCGGAUCGGGGCGCUGCACACAGAGGUGCUGGACCGGUUGAACGACGAGCUCAAGGUAGCCAAGGAAGAGCUCAAGGCGGCGGAUGCCCUGGUGGAUGCCGUGCGGCGCGAGCAGGACAGCGUUGCCCAGGACACGGCCAAACAACGCCUCGAAAACGAGCGCCGUCAGCACGCCAAGGAACAAGAAUUACUCCACGGACACCACCAACUGCUUCAGAAGGUCGUGGAUCUCGAACGCGCGCUCGGCGACCAACAGUCGGAACACUUGACGGCGGUGUUCAAGAUGGAGCAGACGUGCCAAGCCCACGUGCGCCGCGUCGUCGAGGACUGCGACGAUGCGGCCGCCGAGCUCAAAGCCCACACGAUUCACGAUAUUCGCCAGCUCAAGACCAAGCAGGAGGGCGAGCUGCGGGCGUUGACGACUGAGCUGGACGACCGCCAGGCCGUGCUGACCGCGAUGCAGGAACGGCUCGAGAUGCAGCGCCGAGUCAACAUGUCGGCGGCAUCCGCCAAACGAAGCACGAAAGAGGACUGUGUGGUCUCAUAACAGAUACAACAGGAAGAAACGCGCGCGUCGCAUCUUUUCCCGUGCGGUCGUUCAUUUCGAUCUCGCCAUGGUGGCAGCGGUGAGGCGGACGUGGGUCUCGUCCGCGCACCUUAGCAUGCGUCGUCGGUGGCGUGAUGGUGACCCACGGGUCAGUCAUGCGCGGUGCACAUGACGAUAGUCUG